GUCUCCGAACACGCGUGUGCCCCGCUGCCCGCGCGCGCGCGCGCUGGGUGCUGGGUGUUUGGGGAUUUUUUUUUUCCUUUUUCUUUCCCCCUUUUCCCUCCCCCCCCCGCCCCGCUUGCUCCAGGUUUUACUUCUGGUUGCCUGUAAGGGUUUUGCUCCUCCCUUCUGAAAUCCUAUAUUAGCCGCGGCCAAAGCCGUGUAAGGAACACAGCUCAUUGUUGGCAAGUGCCGAUGCGCCUCGCGGAGGGGCGAGAACCAGCUCCGGGGCUGCGGCAGCGAUCGCGGCGCCGGUCACGUCAGCGCCGGGGAGAGGGAGCCGGAGAAGCCCUCUCUAUGCUGGGUGACUCUCGCUGACUGAUUCCACCGCCACCUUUGAAGGAGAAGAAGAAAGAAGCCGGGAGGUGAGCCAUGGCAGACCACAUGAUGGCCAUGAACCACGGGCGAUUCCCCGACGGAUCCGGCGGGCUCCACCACCACCCUGCGCAUCGGAUGGGCAUGGGGCAGUUUCCCACCCCCCAUCACCACCACCAGCAGCAGCAGCCGCCGCAGCAGCACGCCUUCAGCGCCCUGAUGGGCUACCAUAUACAUUACGGAGCUGGGAGUAUGAACGCGAGCAGCGGGGUGAGGCACGCCAUGGGGCCGGGCAGCGUGAGCGGAGGGCACCCGGCGGGCAGCAUGCCGCCCCCCGCCCGCUUCAGCGGCUCCCAGUUCAUGGCCCCCCCCGUCGCCAGCCCGGGAGGGCAGCUGAGCGCCAGCAUGCAGCUCCAGAAGCUGAACAACCAGUACUUCAGCCACCACCCCUACCCCCACAGCCACUACAUGCCGGACUUGCACCCCGGUAGCCACCAGCUGAACGGCGGCAGCCAGCAGCAUUUCAGGGACUGCAACCCCAAGCACGGCGGCGGCGGCGGCAGCGGCUUGCCGCCCGCCGUCCCCCACGUCCCCGCGGCAAUGCUGCCGCCCAAUGUCAUAGACACGGACUUCAUCGACGAGGAGGUCCUCAUGUCCUUAGUCAUCGAAAUGGGGCUGGAUCGCAUCAAGGAGCUUCCCGAGCUGUGGUUGGGACAGAACGAGUUUGACUUCAUGACAGACUUCGUUUGCAAACAGCAGCCCAGCAGGGUGAGCUGCUGAUUCAUUUAAAACAAACAAAGGACUUUUAUCGGUGCGAAUGAAAACAUUCCCCUAGACACGGUGUCUCACUUUUCAGGGCUUGAAAAGGUGAGAAUCUGGAAAGCAGAGUCAACUAUGCGCUUGUAUAAUUUUUUUUUUUUUUUUAAAUCGCUGCCACUUUUUUUUUUCUUUUUGUAGCUUUGUCACUCACCUCCCCUCCUGUAGUAAUAGUAUCUAGCAAACUCUGCCUUUUUAUGUUGGUUGCCCCCCUCCCGACCUCCCUCUCUUAAUUUUCUUGCAGUAACGUGCCCAUAAUUCCCACAGUGCCGGACUGUUAGAUAUUAAUCUUGGCAAAUUGCUUAAUCUUGUGGAUUUUGUAAACUUUGAUUUCCAGUGACUUGAACUGCAUUCAAAUUCUGAGUGAACAGGGAAAAGAAUUGCAUUAGUUGGUUGCAUGAACUUUGAAGGGCAGAUACUACUGCACAAAAGCUGCCAUCUUGCUUAAUUUUUAACUAUGCAUUGCAGUGCAGACUAUUUUUUUUUUUCUGAAUACGCUAAACUGGAAGCUUAACAGAUGUGGGCCAAACCUUUCCAGAUCAGGAAAAGUAAUACUGUUACUUAAAAAGUCUGCUACCCAUUCCCCCUCCCCCAUAUGUACAGACAAUAAUAUGGUGUGGAUGGAAUGUUGACUAGUGGCAAACAUUUCACAGAUUUUUAUUUUUUUUUUUUAAUUUUGUUUCUGUCUUCAGCGUUUUGACACUGUGCUAAUAUAGUUUAUUCAGUACAUGAAAAGAUACUACUGUGUUGAAAGCUUUUCAGGAAAUUUUGACAGUAUUUUUGUACAAAACAUUUUUUUGAGAAAAUAUUGUUAAUUUAUUCUAUUUUAAUUUGCCAAUGUCAAUAAAAAGUUAAGAAAUGCUUUAGUUUUUCUAGAAGUCAUUUACCAGUAUUUUUCUUCAAAACUCUUCCCCACUGUCCCCGGUAAGUAGAACAUAACAUCUAUCUGUACAACUGUGUUGGUGUGCAAAAGGACAUUCCAAGAUAGAAAGUACACUACACCCAUAUAUAUGUCAUGGUGAACUCGGUAGGUGAGCGGGAUUUGAACAUACUUACAGCAUAAAGCCUCAUGCGUUACAUUGUAAUAUGCCUGUCAGUGUGGUUUUCUGAAAAAUAAAGUUGCCAAGGGAGCAACUUUUUUUGUGACUUGCCAACAUACUUGCUUUAAAUGUAGUUGUCCAGAGUUAUGAUGCAUAAAGUAUUUAUUAUAUUUAUCUAUUAAACUUGUAAUUUUAUAAAUCUGCUUUCAUUUAUAUAGUAGACUUUGUUCUUUUGUAUAUUUGUUAUCUCACCUGGAAGAGCUAUGUAAAAAGUGUGGGAAGGGAGGGUGGUGGGUGUCACCCUCUGCCUCUCUCUCACGUCUCAGGAUAACAGAGGAGAUUGCUGCAUCAAUCCAGAUCUGCGUGACGCUGGAACCAGUUUCAUUUCAUUUCCAGUGACUUAGGAGAAGGGGACUAUAUCAUUGAAGUAUUCCACAGUGGGACAUCUCUGACUCCUCUCUCCCAGAAACUGCUGCCAACUGAAGCCACUGACACAAAUCCAUACAGAUCUACUUAAAUAUUUCGCAGAAAAACGUCCAUUGUUUUAAGGCAGCUGACAUUUAGUGCCAACUGUUGCUGCCUCCUGCCCUCACUCAGCCUUUGGCAAAGCUCCUGCACAACUUAUUAGUUUGCUGAGGGCUGUGGGAUCAGGACCCUAAUAAUACAUGUAAUCCUGUUUAGCCAUGCUUCCCAAGUUUGAUAGAGGAGCAGUACCACUUAGCUUUCUUUUUGCUUCCUUUUUAAUCCAUGUCUUCUGAAUUAGGAAGAAAAACAGCAUGGUGGAUGUAGUUAAAUUUUAAACCUGGUCACGUAAACAGGAGGAUAUCACCACACAAUGGGAGUGUAAAUAGCAGUGUUUUGAAUCAAGCUGGGAAAUUAAACUGAUUACUAUUUCUAAGAUUGCCCCAGCUGGUGAGAAAAGUGAUACUUGUCCUUCUUUGCCUUAUAGACACAAAGCAGCUAACACAUUUAU